AUGCCCAUACUCAAGAGCAAGAACAAAGGCAAAGCUCGUGUAUCUUCUCUAUCAGAAUCAUCAGAACCAUCCGAAACCUCUCCUCUUCUCGGUCAACCCUCUCUCUCAACCCAUGAUCCCAUCACUCAUUCCUCCCAUACAUUCAGACUCAUCCUUAACACACUCGCCGUUAUCUUUCUCUCCCUCUUACUCUCAUUCAUCCUCUUCAUCGUCUUACUCGGAGCUUCAUUCCGUCCUUCCAAAAAUGAACUCUCUUCCCUUCCUCAUACCGCUUUCACCUAUUCCUCCCCGGAAACCAUCCAAGUGCUCAAUAUCACCGAAUCUGGUGUUCUUGUGAACAUCACAGUCCGAUGUGGCAUAGACGCCGAUAAAGCCUUGGGGAUCAUUUCAUCCUCCGAUUUAGAAUCAAAGAUCGAAGCUAGGGAGAGAGGUGAUAAAGGUGGUGGAGCUGAUUGGUGGGAAGAUUUAAGAAGAUGGACGGCACAUAGAUUAUUACAAGAUAUCAAUAUUAUCAAUAUUAAUUCUCCCUCUGACAUACUUCUUCUUUCUAGACAACCUCAUUCACCAGCUCUUUUCAGUAUCUCUCUCCCUAGACCGAUAGAAGUUCCAUUGGUCAUUGGAGUCAAGAAAGAUACACCAAUGAAAGAAUGGACAAAGGAAGUGACUGUUUUAGCUAUAGCUAGACCUAUAGCUUCCACGGGGGAAUUAUGGGAUUAUGUUCAAUCUUCUUGGGAAACAGGUGUGGCUAGAGUGACUAUAGGUGUAGAAAAAGUUCAAGUGGGUUUACCUCAAGAUGGAACAUGGUGGGGUAAGUGGGUCAAGGGAGACAAGGAAGAUUUAGUUUUAGAAGUUGAUAUUCCAAUUCCCCAAAUACCCGGACUCCCAUGGCCUGGGAAACCAUUAAACCUCUCUUCCCUGGUCAAUCUAAAAGAAUACUCUUUAGAUACUUCCCCUUCCGCUUUACAAAUCCAUGGAACAGCUUCCAUACCCAACUUAGUCCCCUCUUUGAACGCUACAAUCCCAUUCAAUCUCCCAUUUUCAAUCUCUCUUCCUCAUCAUAAUUCUUCUUUAGAAACCAUCAUGGCCACUGUUAUCACUUCCCCCAUACAUCUACCAUCGAAUACCAGUGACGAAAUCACUUUACAUAUCUCAGGACUUAUUUCUCCUUUCCUUGCUCCACUUCCUUCUCCAAAUACCACUAUUCCCUCUCCUCUAUCACUAUUCUUACAACGAUACCUACACGGUCUCCCAAAUCCUAUCAUCGUCCGAGGAUUAUCUUCAUUACCCACCAUAACAUCUCAUCCUUCUCCACCCGCUUGGCUCUUGAAUUCCCUGCCUGCUCUCAGAUUACCACUCUCAUUCCCCGGACCUCAACCACCUCCGAAAGUCAUACAAAGCGUUGCUAUAGAAAACAUGCGUUUAUCCGAAUCUGGAGGUAAGAUGAGAGCUUCAGGUACGGUGAUUGCUAUCAUCGAACUUCCACCAGGUAUGGAAAAAGUUCUUUUGGAAGUACAUCAAGUCAAACCUGAUGUUCUUAUCUUCGAUGGACCAGCACCAGAUGAAUUAUCAUCUCCACUCAUAUCUGUGUCCUCCAAAAACAAUCAUAAAGAAGAAGAUUAUCCAGAAGGAGCAUUCGGAUAUAUACAUCCUGAUCAAUAUCUCGACGCCACUUCCGAACAAUCCGAUGGAAAGGUGACAGUUCGAGCUCCGUUGGAUAACGUAGAAUUAGUCAUCCUCCCAGGGAGAGAUAAACAAUUGUCCGAUUUCGUAGGGAAGGUAGUGUUCAAAGGCGGGGCGUUGGCGGGUAUAAAAGGUGAUGCCGCUGUACAAGUUAGGAUGCAUGGGGUAGUUGGGACAGUAAGUCUUGAGAAGUUACCUGUGAAAGGAGAGACGUGGGUUGGGAGACAAAAAGGACGAAGGAGAAAGACGGAAGUUUGA